AUGCCACCGAAGACCCCAGCCAGGGAAAAGCAAGGGAAGGGCGGCGGCAAAUCUGGCAAAGCAGAAGGGCCACUCCCGUCUACAUCGCAGGUGCAACUUGGGUUCCCUGCGGAGGUGAUCACAGCUCUGCAAUCUCUCCGAGAUCGGGCCACAUCCGACCUGCGGCUCGACGACUAUACGGUUGCAGAAGAUCGCACGCUUAUCCAGGCGGCCAAUCAACAGGCAGCCGCGAUCACCAGAGCCACCAAGCGCCUGGAGGCGAACUCCCGGGCGAAAGUAGCGCUGGGGCAGGUCUUGGGACUAUGGCUCGACCGGGUAGGCCGCCACCUUGCGGCUGUUCCCCGACAGAUCAACAAUGUGGGUGCACGCCUCGAUGCAGAUAUCCAAGACGCCACGGCAGCCCUCGACGCAGCAUCCCAAGGGCUGGUGGCAGGGCAGGCUGCCCUCCUGCGCCAGCAAGCCGCGGAAGCCAUGGGGCCACCGAUAGCGACCAUGGUGGGGAACGAAGUGCUCCGCAUUGCCGCCGAGCUAAGAGCAGCAGCUACAGUGUCGGCAGGCAGCUCUGCCAUCCUGCCGAUGUCAGGCGGGCACUUCGGCUUCCCGGACAACACAGGUGCAGGCCCUGCAGACCUCCACGCCACCAUGGACCUAGGCUAUGGUGGGGUCGGAAACCUUGUGGAGGAUGCCCUGAUCGAACCGACAACACGAUCGCAUGUCCCGCCAGGAAACCCCGCAGCUGCAUCGGGGCGCCGGUGGGCUCUGAAGAGGGCGACAGACCCGGCGGCCUCCAGGCCAUCCAAAAGUCCCAGGCGGAGCGAUCCCCUUUCGGACAAUGUUGGCACGGCCGAAGGGUCUGCGACGCCAUGGCCCAGUGCUGCCACAGGUCGAUCGCCGCUGGGCCACAAGCCAACGCCUCUGUCCAGGCCAGGGGAUCUCAAGACCCAGCUGGAUGCAAGCGCCGACCCAUCUAUGCCGAACCCUCCGGAGCCUACUGGAACCCCUGGUGCAGCACCGGUGCCAGUGGAACUGAAGGACUCGGCUCAGGGCGAACUGGACUGGGUGGAGACGCAAAGAUCGUGGCUCCAAUCCUGGAUCGCUGUGGUGCAACGCUUGGCAGCUCAGGGUCGCGACCUGGUAGGGGACGUGCCCCAACCGCCGGACCAAGCAGCCCUUCCGGGGCGUCCAGCCACAGAUGCAGAAAUCUCAAGUUUCCAUGGCAUCGCAGAGGCCAUCUGGAAAACUUUGCUGGAGCAUGCGCAAGACCCCGACUCGGUCACUGGCCCUCGCAUCCUAAACAUGGUGCAGGAUGUCCAACACUUGGGGGGGAUGGUGCAUUCCCAGCCUGUCUUGGUUAUCUCUUGCAGGCAGGGAGUCAUUGCGUUGGCGCACCUCCUCAACUCGCGGAUUCUGGGUCUGGACGGCUUCGCGCCGCAGACGCUGCAGGAGUGGGCAAACCCCCACGAGGUGCUGGGACGUGGCUUGACACCGCAUGGGCACCUCGCUACGGCCAAGACGGACGACGAAGCAGAAGCCGUGCUCCUCGACCAGGACUGCCCGUUUUUCUGA